AUGGCACUUAAAUUCAUGGUGCAGCUCACAUUUAAGCUGGUGCUGCUCAGGAAGGUGCUAUUUAGGAAAAUGCAGCUGUUUUGCCGUUUACUCCUCUUGUUUUAUCUUUGCAGAGCUCAAACCCCCACAUGCCCACGGAAAUGCCACUGUGACUUGGCAGGGAGAGUGCAGUGCUAUAGAGUUGGAGAAGUGCCUAAAGAGAUUGCUAAAACUACCAGGGGAAUUUACAUCAGCCAUGGCAAGAUCAAACACCUCCAGGUAGGAUGGUUUAUUCAUCAGCUAACCUACAUUUUCAAAUUACAGUGGCAAGGUGCAAAAGAGGACAGACUUAUUACAUAUGCAAUCUUUGUAUAGGAUGCAGAAUUUGGUACUGGAGGUUUUAUUGGGAGGGUGGGGUUACAAUUGCCUCUACAGAUAUUUCCUUUCCUAUACUGCUGUUACAAUAUCAGGAGCCCUCUUCUCCUAUGUGUCUGCUGCUAAUAAUCAUCAUCAUCAUCAUCAUCAUCAUCAUCUUGUUCCAUGUUUUAAACUGAACCUUGUAGCCCAGGGCUAUGAACUCAGAUCUAAGCCUAUUAUUAAUAAUAAUAUUAAUAUUAUUAUUAUUACCUUAGUUCUGAGUGCACAGCCUUGGGCUACAAGGUUCAGUUUAAAACAAGCUCCCUUUUAUUUUGUCUAAAUAAAAACCAUCAUCCAGUGUUCCCUUCUGAAUUUUAGAGAACACUUCCCCCUGCUUGGUGUCAGGUGUGGGGAACCACUGGCCCCUCCAAAUGUUGCUGAACUGUGACUCCCAGCAAGGGCAAGGGAUGAUGGGAGUUGUAGUUCAGCAACAUUAGGAGGGCAAAAGGUUCCCCACAUCUGUUCUAUAUUAAAACACACGGCAUAUUUUUAUACUGUACUUCAUAAAAAUUCCAGUUUGACUUAACAACAGUUAAACACAAUUUAAUACAAUAAUAAUUAAAACAAGGUAAAUAAAAGCACAUAAAUAAGCAGACUAAAAGACAAACAAUAGCCAGACUAUCCAUCAGAGGUUGUUAUCAGUAAGCCACAAAUGCUUGGGCAAAUCAGGUGACCAAAACAUAACACACAUGACUUGUAGCAGGUACCGUAAGUUCUAGCAGCAGAAUAGUAUUGUCAUAUAUUAAAUAUCAUCCAUAAUAUUCAAAUAUUUAUGACGUUAUACAGCUGUUUUCCAUUACCAUUGAGAGAACUAAAUUUAUUUCAUUUGAACAUGUACAAAAAAUAACCUUUCCUCUGUACAAGUUCAAUGCAUGGUAUUGGUAGUUCUGCAACAGUGUUGCCAAAUGGCACAGCCUAUUCCUGUCCCUUUAACAGUUUUAAUAAGCAAAUAAGCAGAAAAAGCGGCAUAUUCUAGGAUCAAAUAAGAAAACAGGACAACUUAUUUAAAUCAGAGACAUCCCUGGAAAAUAGGGGCACUAGGAGGGUCUGUAUACACACAGAGUAUUAGCCACAAUUGUGGGUGAUUACAUAGCAGCAAAUCUUGGGUUUGCCACCCAAUGCGCCCUUGAUUGAAAACCAUAACUGACCCUGUCUUACAAAUGUUGCUCUAAUAUGUGUGGACAGAUCUGUUUAUUACAGCCAAAAUUUACUUUUACCUCUUGUACAUUAGACAGACCAAUAAAUGUUCUUACACAAAUAGGUUUGUUUGCUCAUUAGUACAAAGUGUAACCACAAUUUCAUGGGCAAGAAAAAUAGUAUUUGCAUGUCAUGACCAGAAAAGAAAAAUGGAGGUUCUUAUCAGGGUAAUUGACUAUUUUGUCAACUACUGACCGGAUAGCCAGUUGUAACACAAACCUGUAGAGCACCUUUGCACAAAGGGCUGUUUUGUUCUUUCUUCUUAAAACUUCUAAAAGAAGUGCCAAAAUUUAUGUCAUGAGAUGAUGCUAGCAUUUUCUUGUGUGCUCUACAAAAAUAGAAACCAUCUCUGAACUGAUGUAUGAAGAUAUUUCAAAUAAAGCACACAGUCAAGCCAAACUAAGUAAUUUAAAAAUCCAUGGUUCUACAACUCACAACACUUCAAUUCUAGAAUCAGAAUAGUGUUGCCAUAUAUUGGAUAUCGUCCUUUAUAUUAUUAAAAAAAUUCUUUUCAGUUCAUUAAUUUUUUACUGCUGAAUCAUGAAAAGAUAUAUUUCUAAAUUCAACAGAAAUAUUGUUUUAUAACUAACAAAUGCUUUGUUUAAUUUGAAAUACUAAUGUUUCUAAAGGCACAUUCUAAUUAAGACAUGUAUCCCAGAAGGAAACUCAGCAAUUCUAAUUUUCAUAAUAUUCUAAUCUUUACAAUGCUAGCCUAUGCGCUGUAAAUAUUAGAGCUCAGUGGGGUUUACUCCCAGGUAAAUCUGAAUAGUAUAGUGUUUGUUCCAUGCCAAGCCUCUAGAGGGCUCCAACUUGCCAUGAAACAUGGACAAAAUCUAGUUUGGCUAAAAUUAAAUCAUGCUCACGUACCAUAUAAUAUUGUUCUUGCAUAACUCCCGUUUAUUUGAAUGAUGAUUUGUGGCCAUUCCAUGAAACUAAAUCCAUCUCUGAAUUAGCUUGGCCAGAAAUAAUUUUGUUGUGGCUUUUGUCCUUUAGAUCACUGACAUCAGCAGCAUGUCUGCCCUUGAAGAAUUUGUCCUGACCUGGAGUGGGACAGAAUCAGUGGAGAAUAACACUUUCAAAGCUCUGGAUGCAUUGAGGACUUUGGAACUUCGGAAAAAUAAACUAAGGCACAUACCUACCUUGCUUCCAGGAAGCCUUGAAGUACUGAAGCUGGGGGACAAUUUAAUAAGUGUUGUACAUGAAUCUAAUUUUGAAGGUUUACAAAAAUUAAGGGUACUUGAAAUACAAAGCAAUGUGAUUUUGGCUCUUUCUUUUAGUACUCUCUCCUCCCUCAGCAGCUUACAAAGUUUGACUUUGGAUGGAAAUAAUAUGGAAUAUGUGUCUGGAACCUUCUACCUACCCAACCUAAAGUAUCUUAGCAUGGAAAACAAUAAGCUGCAAUCUUUCUCAGGAGGAUUUUUUAUAUCUCUUUGCAAUUUGCUAUUUCUCAACUUAAAUGGCAAUUUACUGACAAGCACCCCUUCAGAUCUGCCUGCAUCUUUAUUGACAUUGAAGUUAGAGAGAAACCAGCUCAAAAUGCUAAAAUUUGGAGAUAUGAGGCAAAUGGCAAACUUGUCAGAGCUUUUCCUGUCUGAAAAUCAGCUUUCAUCACUUGAGGGCGUAGAGUUUCUUUCCAGUUUAACUAGACUGGAGCUGUCUGGGAAUAAGCUCCAGAUAAUCCCAUCUAGAUUACCAGUCACGCUACAGAAAUUUGAUUGCAGCAAUAACCUGAUUGAGAGAAUAAAGGCGCAAGAUUUCAGGGAACUACAUAGCCUAAAGCACUUGUUCCUUGACAACAACGUUGUUGCCACAUUUGAAGAUGGGGCACUUCAGAACUGCACGCAACUGUCUAAUCUGGCACUUGAACAAAAUCUACUUAGUUCUAUUCCAUUAAGGUAUGUGACUGGAUUGGGCUCCCCUUUUCACACCUGCAACAACUGUAAGAAAACUAGGUGUGCCACUGCAAAAUACUUAAAUGACUGGGAUAAAUUAAAGCCAGUGUGGCAUAAUGAUAGAGUCAGCUGAGAACUGUGGAAACACCAGUUCAAAUCCCCACUCGGCCAUGAAAUUCACUGGAGAACUCUAGGCAACUCACUGUUUCUCAGCUUAACCUACCUCACAGGCCUGUUGCCACGAUAAAAUGGGGAGGCGUGACUGUGCAUGCUGCCUUGAACUGAAUGGCGAAAUGGUGGGAUAUCAAACAAAUAAUGAAUAGAGAUUGAUAUUGCUUCAGAACAGAUCAAUGUGCAAACAGCAUACAUGUCACUUAUUUCAGUGCAGUGGCCAGAUUUUUGAGUCUAGAAUCUGAUUUCUAAACACAGGCGCCAGGACUCAUGCCUCCCAGGAAACCAAUUUAGUCUAAACCACUGUAUUCCAAAGAUGAGUCCUUGCUCAAAUUACUCCCUAGUCUGGUUUAUGUGCAAGAAAUUGGUUUCAAAUCACUUUUCUACUAUAAUGCUAACUGGGUGGCCUUCAGGCAAGGCAUUAUUUCUCAGCCUAAUGACAGGCUUCUUGUUUUAAGGUACUACAUAAAACAAUGUUUCUUUCUUUACUUCAGACUCCCACAUACACUAGCCAGACUGGAUCUGAAAGGAAACAGCAUACAAAGAAUUAAGGAGCAGGAACUGAAGAAUUUAAGGCACCUGCAGGUCUUAAACCUACGGAACAACAAUAUAUCCACCAUAGAUCACAGUCUCUGGAAAUAUUUACCUCGACUCAGAUACCUAUAUCUGGACAGCAACCCAUGGAAUUGCACUUGCGAAUUCCUCAAAACCAGAAGGGUGCUCACAGCCAAAGGCAUAGAUGUUAAAGGAGGAAAAUGUAAAGCACCAUCAGAAAGCCAGGGUGAAAGCUGGAUGUCUUCAAAAAAGGUUCUGCAUUUGUGUGCACACAACAAUCUGUAUUCAUUAGAAGAAGGAGACGAAAUAGGAAAGAACACAAGCGUUGAUAAUCCCUCCAGUCUCAGAGUAAACAUGGAUGAUUAUUAUGAUUAUGAAAUAUAUUAA